AUUACAUUAUUGGAGUUAAUUAUUAUUAUUUUUUUUUAUUUGCCGAUUAUUGUUCUUGUUGUUUUCGUAAAAAAAAAUAAAAAAAAGUGUCAGGGACGGACAGACGGGAGUCCGGGACAGACUUCCUGCUUCCUGCUUCCCGUAGCUCCACUUGGCAACAUGGCGUCCACAGAUGUCCACGUCCGAAUAUGCGAGCAAGAAAUACUGAAAUAUGACUUGGAAAUCAAGGCUCUCAUCCAGGAUAUUACUGAUUGCCAAGGCCCUCAAAGCAAGCUGACGGAUUUAAACGCAGACGUGAAGAAGAGUUUCCACAACCUCAGGUCACGGAUCCAGGAUUUGGAGCAGAUGGCGAUGGAACAGGACAAAAUGUCAGACAAGGAAGCUUUGAUGAAUCAGGUGGAGGGACACAAGAAACAGAUGCGCAGUAACCAGACAGCCUGGAGAAAAGCCAGCCUGGCCACCAAACUGUCCAUCGACAAUAUGGAAAAGCAGGCUCUUCUAAGCGGAGCCAGUGAUCUUAGGCAGAGGAAGAUGACCAAAGAGGACCUGGCCCAGACAAGCAGCGACAUCACAGAAAAUCUUAUGAACAUCAGCCGGAUGAUGGCCCAGCAAGUUCAGCAGAGUGAGGAGACCAUAACGUCUCUAGCAACCUCCUCAAGAACAGUCCAGGAGACAAAUGAGGAGUUUAAGACCAUGACGGGGACCAUCCAGCUCGGGAGAAAACUCAUCACCAAGUACAACCGCAGGGAGCUCACUGACAAACUGCUCAUCUUCCUGGCCUUGGCUCUCUUCCUCGCCACAGUUCUCUACAUCCUUAAGAAGAGACUUUUCCCCUUCCUGUAGACCAGGUACCUUCUUUUUUUCGAGGAGCUCUCCCAUAACCACAUACUGUACUUUCCACAGCCAGCUCAAAUGAUUUAAACAACUCUGAAUGCCGCGUAUCAUGUUACACACAUUACACACGAGCGUCUGCUCAGUGGAAUGUGGACUGCUCACUUGAAUGAAUGGUGAUGCUGCUGAGAGUGAAAUAUCGUCCACGAAGAGCAAGAUAAACCUGCGCGCCAGUAGCGCCAUACAGUGUUUAAUUUACCGAAUAAGUUUUUAACUCAUCUUGCCGGAGGAUAAUUUAUGGAGGGAAUAUAGGUGGUGCAGUGUCUGCCCGAAGCUCGUCUCUAGUUGAGAGCGGAUAAUUUAAAACAAACACUCACGUAUGUCGGACAAGUUUUUCUAAAAGACAAAAAUGAUAUUGAAAAUAAUAUAUGACAAAUCUGAUCAUUACACACAAUAGUUUUUUUUUUCUUAAAUCUGAACAAGCUUUAAUGCCCUGUCUGUUAUUAAACAACCUUGUGUGGCACACGAUUAAUUAUUAUUAAUUACUGUUAUUCAGUAUCAAUAUAAAAUGACACCAUGCUAAGGGUAUGCGUUUUUAAAAGGACUGAUAAAGUCUGUGAAGCAGCGUCCUAUAUACCCCACAAAUGGUUGUAUUAACCGAGGCUUUUUUUUUUAUCUUUGUAUAGCACACAAUCACUCUGCAAACAAUUUUGUGUAAAUUCUGUUUAUAGUAAUGUACGAUAUAUUUACUGUGAGGUAUAAGAUACAACUGCUUAAUAAUGACUUUGAAAUAUAAUAUUUAAUUUGUUUUUAAUUUUAACAUGAAUCAGACCUAAGUGCACUCUCAGUUUUAGCCUCGCUACGCGGACAGUACCGGUACUUUGCAUCUAACUGCUACUGCAUUGGCAUACAAGCCCCCCCUCCCCAAAAAAAACUUUAUUGGGUGUGGGAGUCGGGACACACUCAGCAUCCAUCUAUGUGUCUACGUGGGCCUGCAGCAGAGCAGAAAAGCUCAGAAAAGCAGCGGCAGCGUUCACGCUGGCAGACAUAGAGCAGCAUGCAUCGCUGCCUUUCUUCAGAUAAGACCCGGAAAAGCAGAUUAUUCCGACCCGUUUCCCUCUCCCUCUCCGGCGUGGGUGGAGGGCGAGGGGGGAUAUUUUUAGGUUUGUGUGGCGCUGUUAUCUGACGUUGCCUUUUCAACACCACGGAGGAGAGUGUGGCCAGAGAAGCUACAUGACCUUGCUGCCCGUUCUGCAAUUGCCCUUGCAUUGCUUAUAUUGUUUCACGUAUGUAAAUGUCAGUGCUGAUUGCUAAUAAACACAAAGGCUUCUCGCUCUGUGUUUAAAA